CUUGACUUUUAUGCUUUAUAAUCACAGGCACUUGACACAAUAAACGUUUAAGUGAGGCUGAAAAUGACAGAGGUAAAGCCCACUGAGCUCAUCGUCUUCUGUUUCAUGCUUCUUCACGGUUUUGUAGCAGCAUUGAACUGCACCAGCCCCACUCCUGAAUCCUUGUUUAAUGGCCUUGAGAAGGAAUUAUUCUCUAAACAUCUGCUCCGGCCUGUAAAAAGCUUUUUGAAUCCAGUUGACAUAUCCAUCGCUAUCACUGUGGUGGGAAUUGUAGGAGUGGAUGCAAAGACCCAAACCCUGACAACAGUCUUAUGGCAAAUCCUGGAAUGGGAUAUAGAGGGACUGAGCUGGGAUGAAGAGGAAUGUGAAACUAAAAGAGUCUCUGUCCCUCGGGAAAAGCUUUGGGUCCCAGACGUCCAAGUCGCAGAGUUCAUGGAUGAGGACAAUUCUCCCUCAACUCCCUAUGUCUACUUAUACAACACAGGUCGUGUUUUUGAUGAUAAACCAAUCAGAGUGGUCAGUUCCUGCAAAUUAGAAAUCUAUACUUUCCCCUUUGAUAUCCAAAACUGCUCUCUGACCUUUGGACCAUACCUCCACUUUGCUACGGAUGUAAGGAUGGUUCAAGGGGCCACAGCUGAAGAGAUCCUGCAGGAGUCCAGAGAAGUGCUGAAGACCAAUGGGGAGUGGGAGCUGGCAGACAUCAUUAUAGCUAAUGUUGCCCUGGUGUUAAGUGAGGGAGAAUAUUCUGAAAUCCAAUACUCUAUCAUUUUAAGACGUCGGCCACUCCUCUAUGUGGUGAACCUGCUGAUCCCUAGCUGCUUCCUCAUCACAUUGGACCUCUUCAGCUUCCUGCUGCCUCCGCAAAGUGUGGACCGAUCCUCCUUCAAGAUGACCCUCAUCCUGGGCUACACUGUCUUCCUGCUCAUCAUGAAUGACCUGCUGCCUAUCACUGGGGAGACAACACCUCUCAUCAAUGUGUUCUUCUGCAUCAGUCUCGCUCUGAUGGUGGCCAGCCUGUUGGAGACAGUGUUCAUCACUAACAUCCAGUUCAGCUCUAGCCAGUACAGCGCAGUGCCUCAGUGGCUCAGCAUCCUCGUGUUACAAUAUCUAGCUGUUGUCGUUUGCAUCCCUCCAAAGAAAAAAAGCAACCGAACUACAGUCUUCUUCAACCCAUCUACUAGAGACCCAGCAAUCCACACAAACAACAGCAACAUCUCAGUAAUUGAUCCUCAGGGUAUGUCCGAUGAUAUACCUCUAGUGAAACCCCACCUGGCCCUCUCGGCUCCUCCGGAGCCGGCCCUGGAAGAACUGAAGAAGCUGAGCAGAGAUCUCGUGGCCAUCCGUCUCCAGAUGGACAAACACUUCCAGGGGAGCAACACCUCGCAGGAAUGGCACAUGAUCGGGAUAGUAGUUGACCGUCUGCUGUUCUGCCUGUACAUUAUUUUCAUCUCUGUCAGCUUCAUCACCAUCAUCGCAAUCUGGAUCUGGAACAACUCGUAUGCUACAUGAUUAACCAGCAGGUUACAUGUACGAGGAGCUCACAUGCUGUGGGCCAGAGUGGUACUUAGCUGCUUAACUCUGUCAAGGUCAAAGUUUGGUAGACUUAUAUUUAUCAAUGUUUUUUCUUUUUAAGAUUAUGUGAAGCAGUGGUUUGUUCCAAAAUUCGGAAAAAGAAACUCAAAGGUUUUAUAUUCAUACUGCAUUUCACUUAGAUUCCCUUUGCAUCAACAACUUCCACAAAGUGGCAAAAGCUGCCGAAUCUAGUGUCCAACCCGCUCUUGUAGACUUGAGCAGUUAGUGUCUCACGUAUGAAAUAUGCCAACAUACAGUGCACUUAACCCAUGCACACGUCUCUUAAUAUUGCUUCAGAGCAGAAGAUUAUCCCACAAUUCACCUGAAUCACACCAGUCCAGUUGUUGGCGGUAAUCCACCAUUACACUGGUUUUAGUUUAGCUGUGAGAAUUAUCACAAAUUUGAUGUCAGUGUAUAUAUAAAUAAUAAAGGAGAAUCUCUAUGGUUAAUCCUGUAUAUUUGCUCCCUUUGUGGAAAUUAAGUAAAACCAACAAAACAUCUGAGCUUGAUAAAAUCAUGUGUUUGUAUUAACGAGAGCCACAGGAUGUCCUCAUUAAUCAAGUGGCUCCCAGUGAGCUCUGGCAAGGUUAGGGUAACUGGCAUGGACCCCUGGUCUGAUGGCAAGUACACAACUGUCAUUAGAGUAGCAGGUAUAUGGUCAUUAAUGAUGCACUCCCAAAUUUCAUGUCAAUCUAUCCAAUAAAUGUCAAGACAUUUAAUUUCACUUGAAACCACAAAUGUCAAUGUCAUGGUGUGAGAGGAAAAGUAAAGAGAUCAACAAAGUCACUGGGAUUUAUCCACUGGGGACCGUGAAUGUCUGUACAAAAUGUCAUGGCAAUCCCUCCAAUAGUUUUUGAUAUUUAACAACUGAUAAAAAGCAAAAUGAGUACUGCUAAUGA